UUCGCUCGUUGCUUCGUCUCUGCCUGAUCCGCAUUAACCCAUCGUAGCUCCUCCCAUCCGGCUUCCCUCACAUUAUCAUGAUGGCUUACCUCUCGAUCCUGGCUGUUAUUCUUGCGGGCUUGCCCAGCACUGGUGCGUUCACGAUGUCGGUGCGACCUUCUUCAUCGGGAGUUGGGUUGCAGAGAGCGGACUUCCUGCGGCAGGUUGGCGUUGGCGCAGCUGGCAUUGCGGGCGUGGCAGCGGCACCCCUCGCUUCGGUGGCGGCCGCACCGCCGGCUGUUGGUAGCAUGGCCCCCGAUUUCACGCUUCCCAGCAACGCUGGCAAAGACAUCAGCCUUAAGGACUUGCUGAAGCAGGCCAAGCACACGGUGCUCUACUUCUACCCAGGUGAUUUUACGUCUGGCUGCACCAUCGAAGCGCAGGGUUUCCAGAGAGACUUCGAAAAGUACGGCGCGAACAACGCGCAGAUCGUGGGCGUGAGCGUGGACUCCAUCGAGAAGCACCUGAACUUCGAGAAGUCGUACAACCUUCAGUUCCCUCUCCUGUCGGACAUCGGCGCCAACGUGGCGGACUUGUACGGCUCGAAGCUCGACAUCCCCUUCAUGGGUAAAUUUGCCAACCGUUUGACGUUCAUCAUCGGCUCCGACGGCAAGAUAGAGAAGGUGUUCACUGACGUGGAAUCGAAGGUGGCCAAGCACUCUGCAGAAGUACUGGCCACUCUCGCCACCCUCUAGACAUGGAAUUGAACAUCUUCUUUCAUGCUCGAAGUUUAAGCGAGUUUCCUUUGGUAUCGAAGUUAUUGUGUAUUUAGGCUGUUGACAAACAGGCCAAAUGCAUCGAGGCAACGCACCACAGUACGGAAUGCGUACAUAUAAAGUGUUAACACGCAAGGAAAGGGGUAGAACGGCUGCAAACAUCAUCGGCUAUAGACUUGGGGCUUGCACCCGAACGGUUUGGACGUUGCUUUAGAGAUUAACCGACAAUCUUGUUUUCUGUACCACGCGGCCAUCGUUUCCGAGUUGUUGGACGGAAGGUUUGGCAGCUGUGCGCUUGGGAUACCUAGGCCCGAAGUUACACGCAAGUUGUCGAUAUCGAUCGUCUACCGGAUGGUGUACGGCCGAGUUCCGAGGACGGGGGCAAUGUAAUAUUCGAAGCUCUGGCGUCGCGCCCAGAUGGUGUUGUUGCUGAAGCAGCGAUGUUUGUCUUGUUGAUGCGAACCAACGUGUUUCGUGUCUCUACCAAAUUCGAACACGAGAAAAAAGGAGUGAGAGGUAAGGUUGGCAAGCUUUCGGUGCCGAAGUGCUUUUUGUUUGUUUGCGACGCCUGUGAUCGACGUCGAAAAGCUGCCGAAGCUGGCAACAUCCCAACGGUGUUUUCAUGUCGUGUACGGAGAAUCCAAGCAACCGAUGGUGUUGCAUGUACCGAGUCGUCCGUGCCAGUGGCGGUCAUCCCGUCGUACCCAUUCAUUCAUGAUGAAGAUAUCACGUUGCCAUACUUCGUUGCUGAAGUCUACCAUGUGGUUGUGGCCGUAAGUCAACGGGACGCUCUCGCUACCCCGUUACAAUAUUUGGUCAAAUGCAUACCAUUUUCUCUU